ACUGCCUCACUGAGCAAAUAAAGAUCUGUGGAGUGUCAUUUAAAGGCAGGAGUACACUAUAUAGCCCAAGAGCUGGUUCUCAUCAGGACACAGAUUUGCAAGUUGUGUGGACUUGGAAAUGUCAAUGAAACAUUUCUUGUUUUGGGCUACUGCUGCUGGCUUCCUGUCCUAUUUGACCAUGAAAGCAAAAUCAUCUAGAACAGCCUAUAAUAAACUUGUCACUAGAUUGGUAAGUAUCCAAGAAGAAAUCACGAAUUUACACAACGACCUGAGGAGAGGAGUAGAUCCACCAGCCAGCGACAUGCAGAAGAUGAGUUGGAGUGAAGAGGCUGCACAAAAUGCCAGAAUCAUAGCAAGUUACUGUGAUACGACAAAGAGUAACCCACUUGAGAGGAGACUCCCAUUAACCUUUUGUGGAGAAAAUAUGUAUCUAUCAUCUUUCCCCAUCUCAUGGACAAAUGUCAUAAAGCUCUGGUACAAUGAGUCUAAACAUUUUAAUUAUGGGCACUGGACAUCAACAGAUGAGGCCAUAACAACUGACCACUACACUCAGAUUGUUUGGGCUACUUCAUACCUCAUUGGCUGUGGCAUUGCAUUAUGCCGCAAAAAAGGAUUACCUGAUUAUCACUAUGUCUGUCACUAUUGUCAUGAGGGAAAUGAUCCUGACACAAUGAAUGUACCAUACAAGAAUGGCACCCCUUGUGAACACUGUCCAAAAAACUGUGAAAAUAAGCUUUGUACUAACCCCUGCCAGUACUAUAAUGAAUACAGAGACUGUCUUAUAUAUUUCAAAGGUGCUAAAUGCAGUCAGAUGCCAUUCAAACUAUUCUGCAAAGCUACUUGUCUGUGCGGCAUUGACUAACAUGGAGCCACCUCUUCUAUUUGCUGUUAUACUGUGCUAUAAAGGUCUGCAAUCCUCUACCUCAACCAUUGCACUCUAUUAGGGGUGCAGUACCUCCCUUACACUUAGAUGAACCUGUGCUUCUGCAUCGUUUUUAUGGAAAGACAUUUAUGAAGCUGAAGCAUUACAGAAAUUUUACUACUGUAAAGCAAAUGGCCCCAUGAAGAAAAAGAAUAAAGAGAUUUUUCCCAACCUUCAUCAGA